UAUGUAUGUAUGUGUAUAUAUAUGUAUAUAUAUGUGUAUGUGUAUGUAUAUGUAUGUUUAUGUAUAUGUAUGUAUGUUCAGAAUGGUAUGAGGAUGUGUUUGUUUGCUGUAUUAUGUGACUGUAGUGUUGUGUAGCUGUGAUUCUCAAGCCAUGAGCCCCAGGAGUACAUGAUGCAGUGUACACAGUAGCUUCUCCUUAGAGAAAUACCAAGAAGUGUACAUUGUACAGACCUUCCUGUGAUUUUUCUCUGAUUUCUCCGAUUGUUUUUCAGCAUUAGUAACAUAACAAAAUAGUUGCUUCCAUAAAAGAUAUGUGAAGUGUGUGUUUGGGAGGAGAUGAAUAAGUCACAGAGUGUUUUGCCUCUGAAACCAGAAGGAAUUACGGAGUUGUUUGACCUGAUUUAGGACGGACCAUCUGAAAGGACACGGUGUGUAUCUCUAAAAAUAAAAACCAAAAAAAAAAAAAAAACAGCCAAAGUGUUCUCUCCUUUAUACCUUUAUGCUGACACCUCAUUCGCCUACAUGACUAACGUCAAAUCGGAGAUGCCAGCGAUUUCAAACAGUAGGCCACUUUUUAAAAAUGUAUGUGGCUUCUACAAAAGCAGCGUCACCCAGGGACUAAUUAGCUUGACUGUGUCAUUGUUUGCAAGUAAAAGGCUCCCUCCCCUGCGAUGCUCGCUGUGCAUCACUGCUGUAUCUCAGCAGGUGUGAUCCCACAGACACCUGUCACCACUAACGCUAAUCUCCAACGGUAUGGCCCGGUCUGUCAGCGACAGACCCAUCCAUUUAAUCAGUCCUGCAUUUAUUUUCCGAUUCUGACCCUGAGGCUCGUUGACUUUAUCGUUAGCCUCAUAGCUGGCAGAAUUUUGGGAUUUUCCCACAAGCUAUUAAUAUAAUAUUGCAUGAAAAUGUUAAGUACGUGUAACAGAUAUUGCCAAGUAAUUUUAUUUAAAUAUGAUGAUGUCGGAAACAAAGAAUUUCUUUAGAAAGCGUUGCUAUUCAAAAUGCAGGGUCAACUUUACAUGAAUCUGAAUUUACAUGAAUCUGAAUAUAUUCACUUGUAAUGCAUUAUUUAUGUAAAUCUGUUUUAAAUAUAUAUUAAGCCAUAUGGAAAGGGUUUGUGUCCUGUAUUGUAAAACAUUGUCCUCUAUUCGUUAGCUGUAGGUGCUUUGGUGGUUGGUUUCCAGGGUGGUUGUUUGGGUUGUGGCCUGGUACUGACACACUCAGCAAACUGCGCCUGUGCGUCUCAUAGAAAGGGCAGUGAGACACACACAGGUGGUCUGAAGAUGGAGAGGUCAGAUGUCCCUGACUUGAAGCAGGGUGGAUUGAGACAAGCCAUUGUUCUGCUGUCUUUUACUACAGGAAGGCUUAAUUAAAAAACUGGAUGAACCUGAGGGACGCAGAGACGGGGAAAGUUCUCUGGCAGGGGACUGAAGAUCUCUCUGUUCCUGGUGUAGAACAUGAAGCUCGGGUUCCCAAAAAGAUCCUAAAAUGUAAAGCUGUCUCCAGAGAGCUUAAUUUCUCUUCAUCAGAAAAGCUGGAAAAGUUUCGUCUGGAGCAGAAGGUUCUCUUCAAAGGCCAGUGUCUAGAAGAGUGGUUCUUCGAAUUUGGCUUUGUGAUCCCUAAUUCUACAAACACAUGGCAGUCCUUGAUAGAGGCAGCACCCGAGUCACAGAUGAUGCCUGCUAACGUGUUAACUGGAAAUGUUGUCAUAGAGACAAAAUUCUACGAUGACGAUCUUCAUGUCAGCACCUCUCGAGUACGGCUUUUCUACGUUUGAGACGUGAAGCCUCUCCGUUUUUAAAAUUCUGUCAUUCAGAAGGAUGCACACACCGCUGUGAGUUUUAUUUAAUUUUUUAAUGGCCAGACGAGACUCUGCUUAAUGAGUAUUUCCGUGGCACCGUGACAACGGCACUAAAGGGAACAAGUCGAGCAAACGAAAUUUCAGGUUAAACAGUCACACGAGUUUAAUGACGGAUAAAGACUUGGAAACAAGGGCAGCGAUACUCAUCUCAACCUGACCUUGUAAAUUGUUUUAUUUGUACAUUUUUGUCCCUCUCUUAUCUUUUAUUUUAUUUUAUCCUGUAUGUUCCUUGCAGUCUGUUUUUAAAUAUUUGCUACCAGUUUCUGUGGUUGCUAAUAUAAUUUUUUUUUUUUUUUAACAAACUUGUAAGAUAGGCAGUGUUUUAAAUACAUUAUGUAAUUAUGGUUUUAAAAUUUGAUAUCCUUGAGUGAUGCCUUUUUCCUUUGACUCCGCUGUUUGUUUUCUGUUUAAAUAGGUAUAUUCCUAUAAGACUAUCAGUACCAGCUGUAUUAGCUCUUCCAUUUGGGGGGUGGGGGUAGGGGGUGUUGGGGGAGGGGUGAGAAAUCUGUGUAAAACACAAACCAGUGGUUUUGUUGAAACUACUGCGUGUAACCUGGCCUAUCUGAUUUCUUAUAUUAAAUCUUUCUUGCCCAGGAUGCUCAGAAAGGUUAUCCGUUACAAAUUGUCUCACCGUUUAUGUCUAUUUGACCUUCUUUAUUAAAAAGCAAUGAAAUAUUGUAUAUUUACGAAUGUCUCCUUUUGUUGAUCUGAUCAAUGAUUUGGUAUUGAUGUGUCUGGGGGGGAAAUAGUAUCUCGGUCUGUCUUAAAGCAUUCAUUAAGUUCAUUCGUCUUCUGUGAGUUCUUUAUUCUGGUCAUGGUUUUGGUGGAUCCGGAGUCUAACCCUGGAAUACACCCUGGGUGGGAUGCCAGUUCACCUCAGGACACUGUACACACAUUCUCACACUUGCAUCGAGGGGCAGUUAAGCAAUCCAUGGACUGGUAUGUUUCUGGAAAAAUGGAGAACCCAGAGGAAACCGACGCAGACAUGAGAACACAAAACUCUACGCAAGUCAAGUCAAAUGGGUUUAUUGCCAGUUCUUUCUAUAGCUUGUAUACAUUGGAACGAAAUGUUGUUUCUUCAGGACCAUGGUGCAACACAGAACAAUAUGCAAAACUACAUAAAGUGCAAAUACACAACAGUGUGAGACGAGUGCAAAACAAUAAAUACACAGAACAUGGGAUGUAAACUGUUGUGUAGUGUAGCAGCACAAGUAUAACAGCAAUAUUGGCAGCACAAACAAGUUCCAUAAUAUAAAAGUGA